AAAAUCAGCCCAUUGUUUACAGGAAAACGAUUACUAGUCCCUUGUAUUUUGUGCUUUCUCGUCCAGUUAACUCUCUUUCCUCUUCUUCAAGUAAUCACAUCACAACUCUCUAAAUUCCACCUUGCAUUCAGCCAACAACUGUCGAAGAAUCUUCUCGAGAAAGCGCGAAAGUUUUACAAAUCAGCUUGGGUUCAUUAUUCCUCGAUUUUAUUCGUUCCUUUUCCGUCUGCCGGUUUGAAUCGGGUUUUUGCAGACGUUAAUUAGACUUGGAUGAUGAGGCAUCCUUUUGAUUUUAAUGCUACAUCUUCAAUUCAAGUACUCAACUCAAUGCCUAUAGAGCCCCUUUUUUGGGGGUCUCUUAUACCUCAAGGUUAUGGAUUCAAACAGUGGAAUUAGCCACCGAUAGUUGCAGUAAGAUUUGGCUGUCUAUAUUACAUUCUUUGGAUGUGGCCUUUCUCCGAACCCAGUAUAAUGCGGGAUGCUUUGCACUGAUAUGCCUGUAAUCGCGUCUAACUUCUGAGAGAGCAUGGACACUCAGAAAGGCCAAUCUGAAAAGCAGUCUUUACCUACAACCAAUCCAUCUGUUGUUACUUCUUGUCGAAAGAAGAAGAACGAGGAAGCAACUUUCUUGGAGGAUUUGAAAGAUCACAUUGACGAGUUCAUUCAUGCUUCUAUGGAUGAACACAAGACUUGCUUUAAGAAUACAGUUCAGAAGAUGUUUGGUUUAUCUAAGGUGGUUGCUGAGCAGAACGCUAAUGCUGCAAGAGAAGUUGAAAGUUCUUUGCAUCUUCAGACAACUGUACAAGAUUAGUUUUCUUGUAAAGGAAUUGCAUUAUGUUUAGUUGUUUUCACCGAUAAUGUUUCUGAGUUUCACAAUCAUCAUUGAAGUUGGUGUUUUCAUCACCAAUUUAGUUAACAAAAUAAAUGUAUGCAAUUAAUUGCCGUUGUGGUAAUCUAAUUGCUCGUUGAAUUGCAUUAGAGCAUCAAUGGUAGAAGAGAUUCAUAACUGCUUUGAGA